AUGGUAGGAAUUUUAAACCAAGAGCAGGUUCCCUUGCGUCAGAAGCCGAGGAAGAAAACUCAAGGUCUUUUCAGGAUGAGUCGGAGGAGGAUAUCAUGUAAAGAUCUGGGACAUGCUGACUGCCAGGGAUGGCUGUAUAAGAAAAAGGAAAAGGGAAGUUUCCUAAGCAACAAAUGGAAAAAGUUCUGGGUGGUGCUGAAGGGGUCGUCCCUGUACUGGUAUAGCAAUCAAAUGGCAGAGAAAGCUGAUGGAUUUGUCAACCUGCCUGAUUUCACUGUUGAAAGAGCAUCUGAAUGCAAGAAAAAACAUGCUUUUAAGAUCAGCCAUCCACAGAUCAAGACUUUUUAUUUUGCAGCUGAGAACACGCAGGAAAUGAACGUGUGGUUAAAUAAACUUGGAUUAGCUGUAAUCCAUCAUGAAUCCACUACAAAGGAUGAAGAAUGUUACAGUGAAAGUGAACAGGAAGAUCCUGAAAUAGCUGCGGAGACACCACCCGCUCCUUACUCAUCCCAGACUCAGUCUUCAGCUGCACAGCAGGCAUCUUCAUCCUCACCCAAAUCGAGUGAAACAUCGUGUUCUUUGUCUUCCCUGGAAAACACAACGAAGACACCCAGCAGUUCUUCUUCCUCCUCAUGUAAAGAAAGACAAUCCUGGCUCGACAUAGUUAACAGUUCAUCUGCUGCUGAAGAUUUGGGACAAUCUGUAACAUUUGCUGUGCAGGUUCAUUCACCUGUACCCUCAGAGGCAAGCAGUCUCAAGGCCCUGGAAAACAGUUUGGUCACAUCAGAAAGUGGAUUUUUGAACUCUUUAUCUAGUGAUGACACUUCUUCCUUGAGUAGCAACCAAGACCAUCUAAUUGUCCCAGAUAAACUUACUGGAUCAAAGACGAUGGACAGAGAAGAAACAAAAGCAUCUGAAGAUGAAAUGGAGAAGCUCUAUAAAUCCUUAGAACAAGCUAGUCUAUCUCCUCUUGGGGACCGACGACCUUCAACCAAAAAGGAGUUGAGGAAGUCCUUUGUUAAGCGGUGCAAAAAUCCAUCCAUAAAUGAGAAACUCCACAAAAUCCGAACUUUGAAUAGCACAUUAAAGUGUAAAGAACACGAUCUGGCCAUGAUUAACCAGUUGCUGGACGACCCGAAGCUGACAGCCAGGAAGUACCGAGAGUGGAAGGUCAUGAACACCCUGCUGAUCCAGGACAUCUAUCAGCAGCAGCGGGCCACACCUGCGCCCGAAGACACCCCCCAGGAAUUCAAGAAACCACCGUCUUCAGCCUGUGUUGAACAUUCUAUUUGAGAAAA